AUGGCUGUUAGAACAUUGCAAAGGAUUGGUUAUUUGAAGAAAAAAGAUUCAGCAUUAUACAGGCCCGUGGUAGAGAAAUACUCUUUAAAAUGUUUUAUUCAAAAGACCUUUUUUCUUUUUUUUUUUUUAGGUCUAUUUGUAUCCAGUAUUGUUCUGAUUUUGUCACAGCGAUCACUUUUCAAGUUUUACAUGUACAGCUCAGCCUUUCUCUUAGCUGCAACGUCAGUGUUGGUAAAUUAUUACGCUUCUUUGCACAUUGACUUCUAUGGUGCCUACAACACAUCAGCUUUUGGAAUCGAGCUGCUUCCUCGGAAAGGCCCUUCACUAUGGAUGGUACUCAUCGUUCUGCAGCUGACAUUUGGAAUUGGAUACAUCACACUACUCCAGAUUCAUUCCAUCUAUUCACAAUUAAUUAUUUUGGAUCUCUUGGUUCCUAUAAUAGGUUUAAUCACAGAGCUACCAUUACACAUCCGAGAGACUUUAGUUUUUGCUUCUUCCUUGAUUCUCACAUUAAAUACAGUACUUGUCUUGGCAGUGAAACUUAAGUGGUUUUAUUAUUCCACAAGAUAUGUUUAUCUUUUAGUGAGGCACAUGUAUCGAAUUUAUGGAUUACAGUUAUUAAUGGAAGACACAUGGAAGAGGAUUCGUUUUCCAGAUAUACUUCGAGUCUUUUGGCUAACAAGAAUUACAGCUCAGGCUACAGUGUUAAUGUACAUUUUAAGGAUGGCAAAUGAAACUGAUUCCUUCUUUAUUUCUUGGGAUGAUUUCUGGGACCUCAUUUGCAAUCUUAUAAUUAGUGGUUGUGAUUCUACACUAACUGUACUGGGCAUGAGUGCUGUAAUUUCCUCAGUAGCCCAUUAUCUGGGCCUUGGGAUCUUAGCCUUUAUUGGCUCAACUGAAGAAGAUGAUAGGCGGCUUGGCUUUGUAGCACCCGUUUUAUUUUUUAUUUUGGCUCUGCAGACUGGUCUAAGUGGACUGAGACCAGAAGAAAGACUUAUUCGCUUAAGUAGAAACAUGUGCCUUUUAUUAACCGCAGUCCUCCAUUUCAUCCAUGGAAUGACAGACCCUGUGUUAAUGUCGCUCAGUGCCUCUCAUGUGUCAUCUUUUCGUAGACAUUUUCCUGUGCUCUUUGUCUCCGCCUGCCUGUUCAUUCUUCCCGUCUUACUGAGUUACGUUCUCUGGCAUCACUAUGCACUAAAUACAUGGUUGUUUGCAGUGACAGCCUUUUGUGUUGAGCUCUGCUUAAAAGUAAUUGUUUCUCUCACUGUUUAUACGUUAUUCAUGAUUGACGGCUACUAUAACGUCCUCUGGGAAAAGCUUGAUGAUUAUGUCUAUUAUGUUCGUUCAACAGGCAAUAUUAUUGAGUUUAUAUUUGGAGUAGUAAUGUUUGGAAAUGGGGCUUAUACCAUGAUGUUUGAGUCAGGAAGUAAAAUUCGCGCUUGUAUGAUGUGUCUCCAUGCAUAUUUUAACAUCUACUUACAAGCAAAAAAUGGCUGGAAGACAUUCAUGAAUCGUAGGACCGCUGUUAAGAAAAUUAAUUCACUUCCUGAAAUAAAAGGGAGCCGCUUGCAAGAAAUAGAUGAUGUGUGUGCAAUCUGCUACCAUGAGUUUACAACAUCUGCUCGUAUCACACCAUGUAAUCAUUAUUUCCAUGCACUUUGCCUUCGGAAAUGGCUGUACAUUCAAGAUACUUGUCCAAUGUGCCAUCAGAAAGUGUACAUCGAAGAUGAUAUCAAGGAUAAUUCAAAUAUAUCUAACAACAAUGGAUUUAUUGCACCCAAUGAAAAUCCAGAGGAAGUUGUAAGAGACGCUGCUGUUGCUGCUGCUGCUGCUGCUGCUGCUGCUGCUGAAUCUGACAGGGAGUUGAACGAAGAUGACAGUACAGAUUAUGAUGAUGAUGUGCAAAGAGAAAGAAAUGGAGUGAUUCAGCACACAGGUGCAGCAGCUGAAGAAUUUAUUAAUGAUGAUACUGAUUAAAAUAGCAUUUACUAAUCAUUGAGGUAUUUGUUUAAAAUUCAGUUCAUCCAAAACGGAGUAAUAUGCUUCACUUUAAUGUGUAACCAAGCACAAAAACAGUAUCAAUGUUGAAUCUGUGAAUGGUUUUCCGUUUACUGUGAUGUGCUACUGUAAAUAUACCUCUUUAAUUACUUCUGGUCUCUUUGGUGACCUAUUUAAAUUUGUGUACAUUAUUGUACAUAGAAUAAAAUGUUUUCACGUUUUUAUGACAAAAUUUGAACAAAUAGCUUUUUAAUAGAUGUAAUAAUAUGGUGCGUCAACUGUGCCAAAGAUUCCUCAAUGAAAGUAUCUCUCUCUAAUUCUGGAACGUAGUUUUUCUUUAAAAUGGGUGGGAAAAUGCUUCUCAGAGGAAACUGCAUUAAAUCAAGGAAAUAAAAUAAUUUGGACCAAAGGAUAAAGGCUAUACAUGAAGUAUUUUACAACUCAGGAAAAAAGUCUGCCAGAAAUGAUUGAGACACUUUUUUGAAAUUUGAGAGUAGCACUGUAAUUGAGCCGGCUUCGAAAGUCAUGAUUCAGAGAUUGUGUGAGUAAACUUUGGUAUAAACCAGAAUGUGCUAAUUGUGUAAUUUUGAUGUAAAAAUCAGUAUGUUUGUUAGCCGUUCUGUGUUUGCAGCACUGACAUAACAUUGUCCUUUAGACUUCUGAAGAGAUUACAAGAUGAAACACUUGGGGGUUUUUCAUUGUUUUAAACUAAGACAUUAAAGGUGGUGAUAUUAAAACAAUCCUGAUCUGACUUUAUGGAUAAAAAUGAGGGUGAUGGUGUACAGCAAUAUAUAACGUGUCUUUAAAUCCAGAUUCCUUUAUUAAAACUUUUGAUAUACUUUACCAUGAAAUUUUACAGACAUGAUGUAAAAUGGAAGAUAUAGCAGUUACAUGUCAGGAAA